CAUUUACUCUACUAUUUUGUUACUUCCUCACCACGACACCGAUCCUUCUCUCCGUUCACUGCUCGCCGGCGACUGCCAUCUCCGUUCACCUCUAUGGAAGAUGAAGAUAAUGCCGAUUUAGACUCUCAUUCGGGCCUUGAAUUUGACAAUAACUCUGACUAUGUCUUUGACUAUUUUCGCAUGACGAAAGAAGAAUUUGAUAAUGCGGGUGGAAGAAAAUUUAGACAUGGUGACGUUGUUUCUUCCAUGUCUAAUCCUGAUAAAACACUUGGACAAGUAGUUCAAAUUAAUCGGUUCUUUGGAAUGUUUGAUUCUAAAAAUCUCUACUCUUUGCGAGACAUUCCAUCUAACCAACUAAAGCGUAUAACGAAAUUUGCGAAGGGAGAUUUGGUAGUCCUUACCCAUUGGUUGGGUAGGGUAGUUUACGUUUCGCGUGAUACUACUGUUAAGUUCGAGAAUGAUGACUCUUUACGCACUUUUAGAGGAGGGACAGGUCUUUAUCCACGUUGUCCUUCAUGGAAUAUCUCAUGUGACAGGCCUUGUCCCCUACAUCCUGGACAACAGGUGAUGGUUGCGGGUAAACCAUGUACAGUAACAGAUCUGGUUGAUAGAUUUGUAUAUGUUGAAUGGAUCACUAAUUCUGAUAGCAGUGACUCCCCUCCUCCCCCUGAUAAACAAGAUCCUAACAGCUUGACACAAGUGUUUUCAUAUCUCUCGACUUGGAAAAUAGGAGAUGUAUGCAAGCAUGUGUCAUAUCCUAAAACAGUUGUCCUAAUCACUGACAUCAGAACAUUUGUUGAUGUGACUUGGCAAGAUGGGUCAACAGAAAAAAACAUUCCAUCAACUCUACUGAAGCCCAUUUUUGAUAUAGGAGUUCACGACUUUUUAGUGGAUCAAUAUGUUGUUUUGGAUAAUUCUGAACAUUUGGGAGUCGUCAAAUCUGUUGAUCACAAGGAGAAAACCACAAUGGUGAAGUGGAUAAAUCGCCUGAAUGAGGAUAUCAUUAGUUCUUGCCGCCUGAAUCGAUACCAUCUUUUUAACUAUCACCUGGGUAAUUUGGUGUUCCACCGAAUAACAAAAGAAGCUGAAAAUUCUGAUUUGUCCUCCUUUGGGAGUAUAAUUGGCUUCAAAGAUGGCAACAUUGAGGUUACAUGGGAUGAUGGUACUACAUCUAUGGUUCAACCUCAAGAACUUCAUGGUGUUGAUCGAGAUGAUUAUGGCUAUAGCUCUGAUGAAUACUCAUCCAGCGGCGAUGAAGAUGUUGGGGACUCAUUGGUUGUAGAAAUUCCUGAUUCCAAAGUUGAUUUGUUGGACUUUGUGGACCUGCAGAGUGUUAAAUGCCUUAAUGAAAGCCACAUCCACUGUAUUAGCAAUGCCCUAGAAAAGGAUUACAGAGAAUUCAAGGGCUUGAACUUGGAGAGCGCCGCAGAUGAGCAGCUAUUGAUUUACAUACCUUUUAAGCAGCCUAUCAAUUUGCAUUCACUGGUUAUUGAAGGACCUGUGGAGGAAGGUCCUAAAACUGUGAAGCUGUUUGCUAACAAGACGCACUUUGAUGUCAGUGAUGCUAUUGAAGCCACUCCGAGGGACACAGCAAUUUUAUCUGAAGCUAAUCUCAGGGGAAAAGCAGUUAAGUUGAAACAAGUUAUGUUUCAAACCAUUCACAGUGUGACCAUUUUUAUCGAGGAUAAUCAGUCUGGUUCCAAACUUACAAGAGUUCAAAGAAUUGUUUUGUAUGGAACACCGAACUUCUGAGCAUGAACACCAAGAAAAGCGUAAUGGAAAGCUGUAGAUUUUUGUACAUCUUGAGGAAUUUUUUCAGUGUUGAAGAGAGGAGUGUACGGUGUAAGAGGUGUAAAAGAUGACAACAAACAAUUUUUUGUGAUACGUAAAUGUACUUUUGAGUUUUGUAAAUUUCACCAACUAAGAGGAUGCUUGUUAUUGUUGACAAGUGCUUCGGACUUACGAUAUUGAAGUUUUGGUUAGCAAAUUUUGAACCA